GGGUGUGUGUCAUUCCCACGCGUGCGGAGGAUUCGAGUGCCCGGACUGCCGCCCGGGUGGGAGCGUCGCUGGGGAACCAGGCUCCCGCGAGUCCCAGCGCGAGGUGGGCAGCCAGGCGAUAUUCCGUGUCCGCUGGACCGAGCUAACAGGAACGAGUUGCACAUUCGAGUCCUUUAAUGAAAGUAUUUGAUGAGCCCUUAUUGUAUGGAAAAGCCCAAAGAUUAGAUUGUAAGAAACGUUGACGCCAUGUUUCGAAGACCUGUAUUACAGGUUUUCCAUCAGUUUGUGAGACAUGAGUCCGAAGUAGCUGCCAGUUUGGUUCUUGAAAGAUCACUGAAUCGUGUGCAGUUGCUUGGGCGAGUGGGUCAGGACCCUGUCAUGAGGCAGGUGGAAGGAAAAAAUCCAGUCACAAUAUUUUCUCUAGCAACAAAUGAGAUGUGGCGAUCAGGGGAGAGUGAAGUAUACCAAAUGGGUGAUGUCAGCCAGAAGACAACAUGGCACAGGAUAUCAGUGUUCCGACCAGGCCUCAGAGAUGUGGCGUAUCAGUAUGUGAAAAAGGGGGCUCGAAUAUAUGUGGAAGGGAAAGUGGACUAUGGCGAAUACGUGGAUAAAAAUAAUGUGAGGCGGCAAGCAACAACAAUCAUAGCUGAUAACAUUAUAUUUCUGAGUGACCAGACAAGAGAGAAGGCAUAGAGCGGAUGGCCCUUCUUUGACCGUUCUUUGGUACCAUCUCCUUUCCAAAUCAUGUAUAGUCUAUAGUUUCCAAAGAUGAAGAUUAAAGUUUUUAUAUAAAAUGA